UCACUGUUAAUCCAGCUGGGUUGUGCCUCUGUGCAUUGCUGUACUUUUGCAAUCCGAUGAAUUCCCAACGGAUGGCAGGAAACGUCCCAUUUUAAAGCAGCAACUUCACACUCUUCAAACCUACAGCCAGUGGGAGUUUGUUCAGUGGUAGCGCUCAGAUACAGGAGACUCCGCUGGGCUGAACGAUGAAGCCCCAUCCAGGCGCUGCGUUCGCGCUGCUCUCCAUCGCUCUCUGUCUCAGUCUGGUCCCCGAGUGUUUCGGAGCUGCCAUCCCUAUUUCAUGUGGUUCCAUCUACAAGAGUUUUGCUCAGUGUCUACUCACACUUGGGGAUAGUUUGGUGGAAACACAAAAAGACCAGAGUACACAGGACAUCGAUGCAAUCUGCAGGUCCUGGAAUGCGUUUCACGUUUGCGCCAACUCAGCUCUGGUCGGCUGUCCAGGAGAAGCGGCAGCGGUCUGGGAGUCUCUAAGACAAGAGUCCAGGAAGGCCCAGUUUUCUGGAAAUCUCUACGACAUGUGUGCCAGCCGCACAACUCUCCCACCCAUCACUGUGCCUGCGGCCCAGAGCCCUCCCACCUCUGACCAGACGAACCAGGAAACACUGAAAGGGCAAACGCACCAGCACAGCCCCUCCCGCAUCACGCUGUUGUUCCCUGUAUGCAGCAUGCUGCUGUUUCUGCUCAGGAGUUAGUUAACACACAAGAGUCCUUUAACGAGAGUGAAGAAAACUGGCCAGAGUCCAGCUCCCCCUAUAAUCCGAACACAUGAGGGUAAACGCUCCGUACACGUCAGGAUCAUCAUGAUCAUAUAUUGAUCCUAAAAUAAGGACUUUGGUUGAUGGAUCAAUAUGAAAUGUUUGACUCAUGGACACAGCAACAUUAUACUCACAUCUUCAGAUUCUUGUAGGCCUUGCUCUCAGAAAGAAGAUGACAAAGAAGCUGCGCAAUUGGGACAUGAGAACUUAGAUCAAGCUUAAUGUUAGCUGUUUACUUUAGUGGGUUGUGAUUAAGUUCACAAAAUAUUAUAAUAUGUGGGCUAAAGUGACAGUCAGAUAAGAAAAAAUAAAUAAAAAACUCACGAGGUCUCUUAGGUGAAUAAAAAACCUCAUAUAUUUUUUGAAAACACUGUUUUAUUUUACCACAUCUGCAGUACAUCAGUGAUGACAGUUGAUUUUAUAACAAAGGGGAUUUGAGGGGAUGUUGUAACGCCAGGUGUUCAGCUGUGCUUGUGAUCCAAUCAGGUGUGAUCCAGAGGAGAGUAUUAUUAGUGCGUGCAGAGCGGUGUUUCAGAGCAGUCACGCUGUUUGGCCGGUUUAACUACAGAAAAUGAGAUUUAUGUCAAGGAGGACUCUGGUGCGUUGCCAAAUUAUUAUCAUUUGUAUAAAGCGGAGUCUUUUCAGUUGAACACGUUUAAUAAUUUGAUGUGUCCCCUGAUCAUGAGACGGCACGGCCCCCAUCAAAGGGUAGACACAACCAGGAACACACACAUCUCAAUGCAGCACAAAAUAAAUACUUGCCAGAAUGAAGAAUAGAGGAAAGAGGAAGUGUCCCAAGUGUUACAAAAGUUUCAUCCUUGUAAAUAAGCAGUUGCUGUUAUUUGUUUUAUUGUUGUAUAAUUUAAAAAAAAAAAAAAAAACUCAUUCAUGGCACUGCUUUUAUAUUGGCUGGUUUUCUCAUGACCAGUGUGUAUUGUUUUGUAAUUCUGCACUAUUCUAAUGUUUCAGAGUGACACUUUGUUUCAGAUUUUUAGCUCCGCUCACAGUUUAAAUUAAAGGUUCAUUGACAGAUGCAAUGCA